AUGCGGGCCCGCGCCGCCAGCCUCCCGCUCCUCCUUCUGCUCCUCCUGCUGCUGCUGGCGGCUGGGAGCGGCGCGGCGCCUGCGCUGAACGCGUCCGCCGAGGAGGCGUCCGCCGGCGGGGGCGACGGGGGCUGCCCCGCGGCGUGCGACUGCGAGCGCGACGCGCGCCUGUGGGCGUGGCUGCCGCGCGAGGACGGCAACCAGCUGGACGCGCUGGGCGUCGGGCAGCUGGCGUCGCUGGGGUGGGCGGGGCUGCGCACGCUGGACGCGAGCGGCAACGCGCUGGUGCGGGUGGAGGGCGGCGCGCUGCGCGGGCUGGCGCGACUGGAGCGCCUGCUGCUGGCGCGCAACCACCUCACGGAGCUGCCGCGCGACCUGCUGGCCGACGCGCCGCGCCUCUGGUUCCUGUCGCUGGCCGGCAACCCGCUCGCCCUCCCGCCCGACGGGCGCGCCUUCCUCGCCGCGCCCGCCCUGCAGGUGCUGGACCUGUCGGCCUGCAAGCUGAGCGCGUUCCCUGACGACGUCCUUGGCGAAGACAACUCGCUGCAGGAGCUGCUCGUAGCUAACAACAGCAUCGCGCAGGUGCGCGUGCACCACUUGGCGCGCCUGCGCCGCCUCGACGCCAGCGACAACCGCCUGCGCCAGCUCAGCGCCGACGACCUGGCCGGCGCGCCCGCUCUGCGCAGCCUCUCGCUCGACGGGAACCCCCUGGGCGCGCAGGUGAGGAUUGGGCGGGGAGGAGGGCUGUGGGCGGCGUUG